AUGGCCGUGGGUGGCCGUCAGGCGGUGACAGACAUGGUUGGCGGGGACAUGAUUCCAGCACUCAAGUGGCCUCUAGCGCUUCUUAUCGUAAUGCUCGCGGCAGUUGUGAUUUUGAUGGACAGCGGCUGUGUUGCUGACUGCAUGGUGGAGAUGGUGGUUGUUAGCAUUUCUAUGAUGGUGGGAAAGGGAUGCUUUGCCACGGUUAUGAGCCGUCCCCCCGGCAGCCCUCGCACGGCCUUCGCUUAUUUCACCGUUUCAAAGGUGACCUCCGGAUGCCGGUCAGUGGUCGCUUUCCUGCGGCGCUGGCUUUUGGUUCCAGUGGCGCUGCGGGCAGAGCCCUCCUGCAGUGCCGAGCAUUUCGCGAAGGACCUCCCGGCUUUGGACGCAGGUGCUCGGCGAAUUUCUGACCUCCGAUCUCUGCAGCGGGACAACCCGCAACAGAGUUUCAAGAACGCCCUGCAGACGGGGAAUUUUGUGGACGCAGAGGUCUUCUUCGAAAAGAUCUCUGUGGCGGGUCUCCCACGAAGCUCAUGGGAGUAUGCCAUGCUGGUUCAAGGUUGGGCCCGACAGGGCAACCUCGAGGGGGCUCAAAGGUGGCUUGCGCGGAUGGUGGCGGAUGGGUACACGCCUCCGGAACGCUGCUACCUCGCCCUGAUCUCCGAACAUUGCAAAGCAGGCGAGCUUUCUUCAGCGGAGUCUCUGCUGUCUGAGCUGCUUCGGCCGGGCUACCCUGGCCAUGCGAAGACUGUCGGAUGCACGAUGCUGAUUGACGCUUACGGCAAGCUGGGGAAGUGCAAGGAAGCAGAGCGCGUGAUGCACCGGAUGGAGGAGUGCCGUGUCAAUGCAUCCUUGGUGAGUUUCGGUGCGAUGCUCGAUGCCUGCGCAAAAGCAGGGCUGCCCGAGAAAGCGUUUCAGUGGCACACCCUCAUGCUUGAGCAGGGCUUCCCGCCAAAUGUUAAGACCUUCACUGCCUUGAUCAACGCUUACGCGAAGGUCGGCGACAUCAACGGUGCGCUAGGUGUUAUGCAAAGCAUGGAGGCAGUCGGCGUGCUCGCCGACACGGUGACCUACAGCAGCUUGCUGGAUGCCUGCGCGAAGCAAGGCGAUCCGGAGUGUGCGCAGCAGAUCUUCGAAAUCAUGCGACAGCAGGGCCUUCGGCCAAACAUUGUGUCCUACACCUCUCUGGCACGAGCAUAUGCACUCAAGGGCAUGUGGUGCGAGGUUGAGCAUCUAGGCGACCGCCUGGAGCAGGACGGACUCUUCGUUAAUGACUUCUUUCUCUAUGCGCUGCUCUUGGCCUACUCCCAUGCAUGGCCGAAGCAGACACAAAGGGCUGAGGCAAGCUUCUUGAGGUUUGUCCAGAAUGGCAAGAUCCGCAUCAACAAGUACAUUGUCAGCGGACUUCAUCGUGCAGUUGGUGGCAUUCGUACUAAGGAGUUGGUGUACAAGACAGGCGCCCGCUACUGCACACAUGAAUUUGUGAAUUUGUCAAGAUCUAGCCAGCGAAAACGCUGA